CUUCUAAAUUGCACAUUUGAUACCCCCAGAAGUAUCUACGCAGGAUGUGUAGCAACUGGGCGCAACGCACUUUCUGAAUCCGCUUCCGGCGUGCAGACGACACCGAUGCUUGUGCACACACAGGCUGAUCACAGGGUUUUCACCCGAACAGCGCUGAAUGGUAGCAGCUGAGAGGCGGGUGCGGAGCGAGGGUUGCCAAACCCGGAGGAUUUCUCACGGCUCGCGGACUAGAAUGCUCUUCUAUAUGUAUCCCCAUGAACGGAUGACAGCCUCCAAACAAACCUACACUGAAAACUUUCAGUUCUACAUUUGACGCGGAGCUGCCAUUGAGAUUUUAUUUCCUCCUUUUUUUUUUUAAACCAGGUCCAAGAACAGGCAUCAUGCAGGUGCAAACUGUGGGCUAACGUUUCUGAAAUGAUUUGCUCGGCGCUGACGCUGACGCGUUUCAUUGUGCCAUAUAACCCCGCAUUGUCAGAUGCCAUUUUACUCUGCGUUAUCCCAGCGUCCGGAAUAUUCCAACAUACUGGGCCUGUUGUGCAAUUAGAAGUUCGUGAGGCAGUGGCAAAACACGCUGGUGCAAUGAGAAGCUACGCUGUCCAAGGCAUUGUGCGCAAUUCGUGCUGAAGCUUAUGGGUCCUGCGUACUCAAGCUCCCGGCUUCCACUUGAAGAGGUGUGCGGCUGGGCUACAGCGCACUGGCUGUCGGCUUCACAUCUGGACCGCCCCACUACUGUCAUCUGCGGCCUGUUCCGACUGUGCACUCCCUGGACUUGUAUGUUUUAAGGAGAACUGACUAAUAUCGCCUCGGCUGGUGUCGUGUUAAGGAAAAGGGGCGAAUAUUUGGCUUGGACUUGGUGUUAUCGGUGAUCCACUGGAACACCGUGGUCCAAAGCUGGACUGGCUUACUACUCGUCCAGCUAUGGAUUUUGCGUAGCAAAGUCACGCAUUUUUAAAGGCAACGCUAGGGUGACAUUGCAGUCUUCUCACCACAUCGGUUAUUUCGUCGUCCGAUAAAAAAAAUAAAAGAGUGGAAGUGGAGUAUUGUCCGUCGCACGUAUCAGCGCAGUGGGAUUUCUACGUCUGCUCUGCGUCCCCCCCCACCCUUCCCGCGGUGACGGUUAUGGGUCGGAAGCGGUGUGUCGGUGCAGAUUGUUCCAAGAUGGCGGCCGGGUGCUGCGGGGUGAAGAAGCAGAAACUGUCGGGAUCGCCCGGGUCGGGGGGUCCCGGCGGGGUGGGGGCGGGAAGCGGGGUGGCAGGAACCGGACAUUGUGGCUCGGAGUUGGGGAUUGGCUCCUCAGCCACCGUUGCAGCAGCGGCGAACAUGAGCAGAUCCAACGGCCUGGGGGGACCCGGGGGUAACGUUAGCAGCAGCAGCAGCAGUAGUAGUGGCGGUAGUGGUAUCAGCGGCACGAACGCUCUGUCCACAGCCCCGGCCGGUUACUCUUCAUCCGGCCUCUCCCCGAAUAUCAGCUCUGGACCUGGUUCGGGAAGUGGAGGCAGGAAAAUGGUCGUCUCAGCGGAGAUGUGCUGCUUCUGUUUUGACGUGCUUUAUUGCCAUCUGUACGGAUACCAACCUCCGAGAACACCCAGGUUUACAAAUGAUCCCUACCCGCUGUUUGUCACAUGGAAAAUAGGCAGAGACAAGCGGUUGAGGGGUUGUAUAGGUACAUUUUCUGCCAUGAAUCUGCACUCAGGACUCAGGGAGUACACCCUUACCAGUGCCCUUAAAGACAGCCGCUUCCCCCCUAUGACAAGGGAUGAGCUGGCUCGCCUCUUCUGCUCAGUGUCUCUUCUCACCAACUUUGAAGACGUCGGUGAUUACCUUGACUGGGAGGUGGGUGUUCACGGUAUUAGGAUAGAGUUUUUCAAUGAAAAAGGAUCAAAGCGCACCGCCACCUAUCUACCAGAGGUUGCAAAGGAGCAAGGUUGGGACCACAUUCAAACCAUAGAUUCCUUACUACGAAAGGGAGGUUACAAAGCUCCCAUCACAAACGACUUCAGGAAGACCAUUAAGUUAACCAGGUACCGUAGCGAGAAGAUGACAAUGGGUUAUGCAGAGUACAUCGCCCACCGCCAGCACCAUCACUACCAGAAUGGCAUCGGGCACCCUCUACCACCCUACAACCAUUAUUCCUGACAGCGAGCCGCAUGACCAAUCAUUGGACCUCUCCGCGGACCUUUUCCCAGGAGAGCCCGCCCCCUCCUGGUCUAGCUAUUUCUACUACUGUACCAUUUUAUGAUGAUAGUUUCCGUUGCCAUGCUGGCCGUCUCCCAGACGUUGACAUGGCAACGGGUGGCAACGAAGCAUCAUUUGAUUCUGGCAAGAAAUCCACAUUUCUGUUUCUUUGCCCGUGGUUACGUUUUUGCAGCAUAUGUAUACCAAUAUCUACAACGCCCCUAUCUAUUAAUCUUUUUGAAAAUUAAACGACUAUUAGAUUGUUUUCAGCAAACCUAAUCCGGUGUUUGAUUCUGUGGAUGGAAGGAAGUCUUUUUCGGUGCAUUAGUCUCGCGCUUAUAUUGUUUAGGCUUUGCUACAAUUUUACAUUAUCUAAAAAUAAAAUAAAAAGAUCUUAUUUUUUCCUUUUCUUUAACUUACUAUCCAGACAUGUAUGCCAUGUAGCAAGGCAACUGCAGUUCUCAAAGGCUGUGUCGUCUCUAUUCUGACUCCUCUCAAAAAAAACACAAAAAAGUGGUUGACUGUUGAGCCUUGUUAACUCGUAGUGUUGUAGUUGGAACUAUAUAUAUACCGGGAUCUGUAUACUCCAAAGUCUAGAUUGUGGGAUUGUGAUGCCCUUUUGCUGGUCGUGUGUAUUGUUUGCGCUCACAGUCGUGUGUGUUCUUCUGUGUGGGUAUAGAUAUUGAUCUGCCACAAGAUGAAAACCAGUAGAGUGAAUUAGAAAUUAGAUUUUUACCUAAAGAUUCCCCACAGAGAUUUUUUGUUUUUUGAAAAUCCUCUCCUCGGUAUUUGUAGUGUUUUGUGGUGGGACCUGUACACAACGGACUGAGUUUGUUUGGCUAGAGCUUUCAGCCGCGCUCCCUCUUUUCUGUUUAACUUUUUUAAAUGUACGGUAGUCUGCGGAGGAAGCCAUGUUGUCUGAGGAUAAUCACAUCAGGGCGGGGGAUUUCUUAAUGUCAAAGUGGAUCUUGAUUGCCUCGCAUUGGAGAGGGUGAGCAGGCGCAACUACAGAUCCAUAGGGGAAAAAACAAAAAAAUAAUUUGCAUGAGCAGUGCUUUCAUUUGAAUUGACUGUCUGUUGGUUUCUGAGUUUACUGGCAGGGAGUUACUUGACAUGCUAUAGCUAAAGCCAUAUUCUCCUUUUAUUCCACACUUUGUAAUAGUAACCAGUUUGGAUUGAAGUGUUUGCAUUCGGUACCACUUUGUUGAUAACCUCAUAUAUAUAUGUAUGUAUGUAUAUAUAUGUAUGUAUAUAUAUGUAU